AUGAAUCCCCUCAACUCCAUCCUCUCCUGCCUCACCGGCCAAAGCGCUCCAACUCAAUCUCCCCAGGUCAGCCAGAUCAACACACGCUCAACCCUCAUCACCUCUCAACCAGUCCCUUACUCCGACGACGCAGCCUCUCAAUUCGUCUCAAUCCUCCAAACCCACACCGGCACAAAAUCUCAACUACAUCACCGUCUCAAACAAGUAGUUUCCACUACCGGCUGGACGUCGAGCCUCGCCGAAGCCAUCGAGCACAAAAUCGAGAAACUCUUAAAGGAUGGCGCAGAGCUUGCUAAGCCCAUGGCUGAAGCUGUAAAGAAAGCUACAAACACUGCUUGGGAGUUUGCGAAAGAACACCCGGUUUAUGCCGGGCUGAUCGCAGCUGGUACGAUUGUUGCUAUUGGUGUUUUGGUCGAGUUUGAGCUUAUUUGGGUUCUGAGAGCGCUGGGGUUUGAUGAGGUUGGCCCGAGACUUGGGAGUUUUGCGGCGAGAUGGAUGAGUAGUAUUGGAAAGGUGCCCAAAGGAUCGAUCUACUCAUACCUACAGAGGUUGGGAAUGAAGAUUGCGAAGUGA